AUGCGGGAGGGGCGCGGAGGGCGAAUCCCGCGCGGAGGCUGCGCGACCUCAGUCGAGCGCCGCCGCUCCGCCAUGUUCCACUGCAUCGUGCAGCCGCGGCAUGACUGGGGACCGCCAGACUUCGCCAAUGCCUUCCCCGAUAUAAAGUCACAACUAGUGGAGCACACUCGCGUGCUAGAGGCUCGCGCGGAGGCGACGGCGGGCGUGGCUGGGGAACUCCACGAGUACUGCCGGAGACGCGCCGACCUGGAACACGAGUACGCGAGGGCACUCGACAAGCUCGCCCGCGCCGCGCACCAGCGACACGAGGGACAGAAACACAAUAAACACGAGAAUAAGAAUCAAAAGUGGCCACGUGAUGAAUCGAUAAAGAACAAAUUAAAUAGUUCCAACGAACAACUGAUAGCCAGUUACAAAGACAACGUUGUUCGUGGCAGCCGUACUGCGCGCAACACAGCAUCGCCGCACGCGCUCCUACAUGCACUGUACACUGUCUUGCAAAAUAAAUUGUAA